AGUUGACUGGCCCUAUACAUCGACGAGUUGAUGUGAUCCCCAUCAGCCCGCACAGAAAGAAGAAGAAGAAUUCUCGGCAGAGUCAGACCACUAGUUUUCGAUCACGGUGUUGUGAAAUUCUUUCAGCAGCGCUUCAAUCGACAAGCCCGUCCUGUCAGCCCUCCCGCCGAUAGAAAACACAAGGCCAAGCCGAAAACCGUAAAACGACGCUAUGGGUAAUUCUGUGAGUGCCAGUCCGGUAGCGGCUCUUCCCGCGGCAACCACCACCAGCAGCAGUGCAGCGGCGUCGGAAGCCAAACCAGACAAACCAAAGUGCAAGGCGUGCUGUGCCUGUCCGGAAACGAAGCGCAUUCGAGAUGCCUGCAUAAUGGAACGAGGGGAGGAAAACUGCGGGGAUUUGAUCGAGAAACACAAACAGUGCAUGCGAGACAUGGGAUUCAAUAUCUAAAUAUCCAGGCUUUCGAGAAGGAUAAAAUUGUUGACUGAUUUCCUGAUUGGAUACCAAAUUCCCGUAGAUUGCCAGCCAUUUGGGGCCGAAACAUUCUGCGCUUCAGUUCAUGAGUAGAGUUGUACAUAGGAAGGCCUUUCUAAUCGGGGUUUUAAUUUAUGUAUUUGUAUUACCUCCCUUAAUACGCUUUGGUUAGAUCCCGCUCUGUACUUAAAUUGCGGUCAUAAAUAAAAUUUGAUUUAAGUACAAUCAAACAAA